AUGAACGGAUCUUCCUGCGAGUGGACCCCAAGCUCGUGGAGGAGCAAGCCCGCCGCUCAGGAGGUCGUCUAUCCAGAUUGCGAGAAGCUGACCAAAGUUCUCAAUAAAAUCAAGACGCUCCCGCCUCUUGUGUCAUCUUCCGAGAUCGAGCGUCUCAGGACACAAUUGAGCUCAGUGCAGAAAAACAAGGCUUUUCUUCUUCACGCUGGCGACUGCGCUGAAAGCUUCGACGCCUGCACCCAUGAAAAUAUCUCCAACAAGAUUGGGUUGAUCCUCUCCUUCUCUCUUAUAAUCAUCUGGGGGGCGCGUCUGCCCAUCGUGCGCAUUGGUAGGAUCGCAGGACAGUAUGCUAAACCUAGGAGUAGCCCUACAGAAAAGAUCGGAGACCGUGUUGUCAUGAGCUUCCGAGGAGACAACGUGAAUGGACUCGACCCAGAUGACCGCACUCCCGACCCGAACAGGAUGUUGACCGCAUACUUUCACUCUACCACCACUCUCAAUCACGUCCGUAGUCUCCUGACGUCCGGGUUCGCGUCUCUGCACCACCCCAAGGACUGGUCGCUAGGCCACGUUCGUUCCCCGGCUGUGCGCGAGGAGUUCGAGCGCAUUACGGAAGGCCUCUCCGACGCGCUCGAGUUCUCGCGCACUAUCGGCUUCGCCAAGGACAGCCUGAGCUACGAGCACGGCGGCGGGCGUGGCGCCCUCGGCGAGGUUGACUUCUACACCAGCCACGAAGGGCUGAUGCUCGACUUCGAGGAGGCGAUGACGCGCGAGUUCGCGAUCCCGUCCUCGCUCGGCUCGUUCGACCCGGACGGCCAGGCCGCGCGCGCGCACUACAACACCUCCGCGCACUUCCUCUGGAUCGGGGACCGGACGCGGCAGCUCGACGGCGCGCACGUCGAGUACUUCCGCGGCAUCCGGAACCCGAUCGGGGUCAAGGUCGGGCCCACGAUGAAGGCCGACGAGCUCGUGCGCAUGCUGGACAUCGUCAACCCGGAUCGCGAAAGCGGCAAGGUGACGCUCAUCACGCGCUACGGCGCAGGAAAGGUCGAGGAGCACCUGCCGGGGCACAUCCGCGCGGUGCAAGAGUCUGGGCACCCGGUCAUCUGGAUUUGCGACCCCAUGCACGGAAACACGUUGACGUCGUCCUCGGGCCUCAAAACGCGCACCUUCGGCACAAUCAUCAGCGAGCUGACGGCGUGCCUGCGGGUGCACGCCGAGUGCGGGUCGAACCUGAACGGCGUCAGCCUCGAGUUCACAGGCGAGCUCGCCGAGGACGGGUUCAGCGUCACGGAGUGCAUGGGCGGGAGCAUGGGCCUGCUCGAGGAUGAACUGCCCCUCCGGUACCAGUCGUUCUGCGACCCGCGCCUCAAUUUCGAGCAGUCGCUCGAUGUCGCGUUCUUGAUCUCGGACCACUUCAAGAAGCAGCGGAGUGGGUCGAAGAGCUCCUACGGGGACGUUCUGUACAACGAACUUGGCGGCAGGAAGACGACGAGGGGAUGA